UUGCCCAAAGUCACAGAACAAGUUUGUGGCAGAGUCUGGAAGAAAACAUAGUGCUUCUUGUCAGACCCUUUUUCCGCUUGCUCGAGCUACUUUAUUUGCCACCCUUAUGUUUUACUGCUAGUGUUUGGAAAAACCUGCCAGUGAGGCUGUAAACUGGAUUGUUCGGCAACUCUAAGCCACGCCCCCAGCCGCCCGUGAUCGCUUCUCCCUGUUGGAGCAGAGCUCUGGGUGUAACUCAGGACAAAGCUACAGCAGUUCAGAGGAGUGAGGAGAAGCAGCCGGUCACAUUCCAGUGACUUGGUGUUUUCACUCCUGUUUGUUUACCUCAAGGUUUGGGAAGGUCUCCCAUGUUCCGUGCUGUGCUGCUGAGCCGGGUGUCACCCCGCAUGUUCCCACUUCUGGCUGCUGUGCUAUUCCAGAGGAAAGAGAGGAAGAACACCGGGCUCUCUCACUGGCAGUUCAGUAUUUGUCCCAUUCAAACCCUGCUCUGAAGACAGAAUUAUUAAUUUCCUGAUAGGCUUUUCUAUGAUGCUCGUCACUAUAGUAUCUGAGUGCUUCACAAACAACUUAUUUUCACAACACCCUUGUGAGCGUGAGAAGCAUCCUUACUACAACCUCACAGUAAAAGUCCUCAGAGCCAGAAACAUCCAGGGUACAGAUCUGUUGUCCAAGGCAGACUGCUUUGUGAAAUUGCGUCUACCAACUGCAUCUCCAGUCAGUUAUCGAACUCAGGUUGUUGACAACUCCAGUAAUCCAGAGUGGAAUGAAACCUUCCAGUACAGAAUCCACAGUGCUGUCAAGAACAUUCUGGAGUUGUCUCUCUUCGACGAAGACGUUCUGAUAAAUGAUGAACUUACUUCUAUUGUCUUUGAUGUGGGGGGUAUAAAGCCAGGCCAGCCUUUAAAGCGCACUUUCAAGUUAAACCCAGAGGCUCAGGAGGAGUUGGAUGUAGAGUUCUACUUAGAAAAAUGCUCAGAUGCCCCUACUGAGAUCCUCACCAAUGGUGUCCUUGUGGCUCAUCCCUGCCUGUGUCUCCAAGGUGUAAUCAACAAAGAUGAGAAGUCAAAGCAGAGUGAAAAGGGGAGCUGUCAGAUCAAGCUAUCAAUGCCGGGGGCCUAUGAGAAACAGUUGUGCAUUCCUUGCACACUAGACAAUGAACAAGAUUUUGGGACCCCGUUUGUCUUUCAUGUAGACAAAGAAAUGUGUCCAGACCUGGAGGUGGAACUGGAGCAAACAAUAACUGUCAUACAGGAUGAAAUAAGCUCUGAUCUGGAAAAGCACACUACACUUCUGGGACAGGGAACUGUACCAGUUAAAUCACUUCCUGUUGGACAGAAAGUAGACAUGGCUGUUCCUUUAGGAGAGGGACAAAGUUUGGACCUGAGUGUGAAGGCUGAAAAGAGCACUUGGGAUCUUGAUGUACGCCUUGGUUUUGACCUCUGUGAAGAAGAGAGAGAAUUUUUGAACAAGAGGAAGAAAAUAGUUUCUCAAGCACUAAUGAAGACACUUAAGUUAAGAGAAGCCCCUGGGAAAGAUGAGGUCCCAGUGAUAGCAGUUUUGGGAUCUGGUGGUGGGACUAGAGCACUGACAUCAUUCUAUGGCAGCCUGUCAGGGCUUCAGCAGCUCAGCCUUUUGGACAGCACAACGUAUCUGUGUGGAAUUUCAGGUUCUACUUGGUGUUUGUCUGCACUGUAUCAAGACACAGACUGGUCCUCUAAGGACCUCCAAGGUGCAAUCAGCAAUGCCAGGGAUAAUGUAUCUAGUAGCAAAGCAGGGGCACUUUCGUCAGAACGAUUGAAAUAUUACUUCCAGGAGCUGAACUCAAUGGAGAAUGAUGGACGGAAAGUCUCUUUCAUAGACUUGUGGGGCCUUAUUAUAGAGUAUUUUCUAUAUCAGAAGAAAGACUUGUCAAAGCUGUCUGACCAACAGGAAGCAGUGAAGAGGGCACAGAACCCCUAUCCCAUCUAUGCAGCAAUCAAUGUGAGGCCCAAUAUUAGCGAUGAAGACUUUGCAGAGUGGUGUGAGUUCACUCCCUAUGAGGUUGGAUUCCGCAAGUAUGGAGCCUUUGUCCGAACAGAAGACUUUGACAGUGAGUUCUUCAUGGGGCGGCUGAUCCGGAAACGUCCAGAGCCCAGGAUCUGCUAUCUGCAGGGAAUGUGGGGCAGUGCCUUUGCCGCAAGUCUGGAUGAUGUCUGUCUGAAGAUGGUUGGUUCAGGACUGAGCUUUCUAGAUUCUCUGAAAGAUGUAAUCAGAGUCAUAGAUGAUUGCCAAAGAUUCCAUUUUCGGGAAGCCACUCGGUUAAAGACUCGUCUGGUUAUACCAGGGGGACCCUUAUUACAAAUUUUCCAGGAUUUCUUCAAGUCCCGUGUCACCUCUGGGGAAACCUUCAACUUCAUGCAAGGCUUGUACCUUCACAGAAAUUAUGUCAACAACAGGAAUUUUGUAGCCUGGAAAGGUACACACCUUGAUGCUUUUCCCAACCAGCUGACUCCCAUGGAAGACAGCCUGUACUUGGUGGAUGGUGGCUUUUCGAUCAACUCUCCCUUUCCCGUGGUGCUCCAGCCAGAAAGAGAUGUGGAUGUCAUCCUGUCAUUUAACUACUCUUGGGAUGCUCCAUUUGAGGUUUUACAGUUGACUCAGAAAUACUGUGAAGAACAGGAAAUCCCCUUUCCACAAAUCAUCUUGAGUGAGGAAGAUGAGAAGAAACCAAAAGAAUGUUACAUGUUUGUGGAUGAUGAAAACCCAAAAGCUCCCAUAGUGCUUCACUUCCCACUGGUGAAUGAUACAUUCCGGAAAUACAAAGCACCGGGAAUAGAACGCGAGUCAGAAGAUGAGAAAUCCUUUGGUGAUUUUGUCAUUGAGGGAAAAGACUCUCCUUACCGCACGCUAAACUUCACCUUUGAGCCCUAUGACUUUGACAGGCUGGUGGAAGUGAACUGCUACAAUGUCCUGAACAACAAGGACAUACUCCUAAAGGCCCUAAAUUUGGCUCUGAGCAGGAGGAAGCUGAAGAAGGGCAAUGGGCAAUGAGAACCUUCUUGGCAUAGGACAUGGAUGGACUGCAAUGCACCAAAGACAUAUGGUUCAAGUACUCCUGAGGGAAUUCUGUGCCACUAUGCAUGCAUAAUUAAUAAGCCACGCAUAGUUUUAAUUUUUUAUGCAGAAAACAGCUUUUGCCGGAAAGUUUCUGCAGUUGUACCUUUUGCUCACCAGAGAGUGCUGUGGUGAUAGAACAGAACAGCAGCUCCUGGCCAGCUAGGGAAGAGAGAGCACCUGCAGAGCCUUCUUCACAGCGCAUGUUGGGCUAGGUCAGGAGACAGGGCUAUGGGGAGACAGACAGUGUGGGGCUGCUGGGGCUCAGACAGGGGCUCAUAAUGGUUAGUGGGGGAGGACAGACUGGGGCAGGGGGUGAAUGGAAGUGCAGGGCUACAUAGUGACAGGGAGAUGGCUGAGUUGGGGGCUCAGAGACACUUGGGAGGGGGUGCAGGGCCACAUGGGGAUGUGGGGGAGUGGGCAUCUGAGUGGGGGAGGAGAGACGCACAUAGAGUGUGCAAGGACACAUGGGGACAGGGGCAGAUGUGCCCUAACAAUCACUUCCUAUCCUCCCCAAAAAACCUGUUCCAUACUUUUCCCACCCAUACCCAAUAACCCUCCAAGUUUACACGCAGGCUCCUCCCCAGCAAUUUACUUCCCUCUCCCUCACCUCCUCCGUUACCCCCGACUCCCCCAAGCAUUUGCUCUGCUUCUGAGGGGUGCAGGAAAUACAGUUAUGUAUUGUAGUUUAAAUGAAUUAUUACUCAGUUAUGUAUUAAUAUCCCUAGUAAGAAAUCUAUUUCUCAAAAAACAUUUUCUGAAUCUUGUUUGUUUGUAUUGUUACAGACAUACUUGCUGACAGGUAUUUUGAAAUAAAUGACCAAAAAUAAUUGAAAGUGGUGUGAUUAUAGUGUGUUAUGACAAAUAAAAUAUGCAGAAUUUUGCAGAAUUUUAAAA